AUGUUUUCAAAAUUAAAAGCUUGGAAGGCCAACAAAGAUGUGAUCAAGGAACAUAGAGAUGCCCCAAAGAGCACCAAUAUACAUGAAGAGUACCACAGGGCAGUAAGGACAAAAUCCUAUGCUGAUUUCUGCAACAAAGCUCAAUUACUUGCAAACCAUCCUUCAAAAAUCAAGAGAUUUUCAGAAUUCCUCCUUGAACCUGACCAAGAAACCAUACCUUCAAUUCUUGAUUCAGCAACAUUUUCAAACACUCCAGAACUCAAAAACAUUAUGCUCACCUACUUUGACAUCAGUGCUGAGGCUUCACAUAUUUGCAGCAAUCUUCUCAAAGGCAUUAACCAAGUCCACUCUGAUUACCAAUUCUUUCAGAGGGCAUUAGACAUUGAUGAUGGUGACUCUUUGGAAAGUUUUGAACUAAUCAUCAUUGAGCUAAGCUCAUUCAUUAUCUCAAGUGACCCUUUUUCAAACCUUGAAAACCAUGACUUCAAGCUCAUCCAUGAUAAGCACUCAUCAGUGUUGCACCAUCUGAAGUCAAUGAGAAAAAGGGUAGGAAGGAAAAUUAAGCAUCUAAAGAGGAAAAUUGGAGGCUUUAAAUUUUCAGGAAGUGGGUCUUCUCUUAGUAAAGUUUAUGAUCAGCUUGACAUAGCAGCCAAGGGAACUUAUAUAAUGAAUAGGGACUUUGAUACAAUGAGUAGGCUUGUAGCUAGGCUUCAAGAUGAAAUUGAGCAUAGCAGGGCAAUGGUGCAAUUCUGUUUGGACAGGAAAGAGGACAGAGUUUCUAUGCAGAUUGUGAAAGAGCUUAAGAAAAGUGAUUUUGGGUUCAGGAAGCAUGUGGAAGAACUUGAAGAGCAUGUGUACUUGUGCCUCGUCACAAUUAACAGGGCAAGGGCUUUGGUCAUUAAGGAAAUGAAAAAUUCACGUCCAUAA